GCUUCGGUGCUUCUCCCGGCCCGCACCGGAAAAACAACAAAUAAACCCACCGAAAACGCGGAAAAAUCGAGAAACCCUAACGAUGCUGCAGAUCCGCCUGAGCAAGAUUGGCUCGUCGGAUUCCGGCGCCGCCGCAUCCGGCGCGGCGGCCGGGGCGCCCGGUGGCGCUCCGGCGAAGUCUGCGGCGGUGGCGGCGGGCGGGGUCCCAGAGUCGGUGACGGUGGCGUGUCCCGACCACCUGGUAAUUGCGGACCUCGCCGUGGCGAAGAGCCUCGGCGCCGUCACGAACUCCGCCAUUGCUGCGUCCCGCGCCAUCGGCCGCCGCUCCCGCCGUCCCCUCGGCGAGCGCGUCCACAUCUGCUGCCGCUGCGAGUUCCCCAUCGCCAUCUACGGCCGUCUGAAUCCCUGUGAACAUGCUUUCUGUUUAGCCUGUGCAAGAAGUGAUUCCAGCUGCUACCUUUGUGAUGAGCGCAUUCAGAAGAUUCAGACUGUGAAAAUGAUGGAAGGGAUAUUUAUCUGCGCAGCGCCUAUGUGCCUCAAAUCUUUCCUUAAGAAAGCAGAAUUUGAGUCUCAUGUACCUGAAGUUCAUGCCAACCUCCUUCAAACUAACGCGGACAAGGAAGAUCGUAAUGAACCAGAUGCUCCUAACAUAUCCCGUGCUUCUGCAGGAGAUACUCAAAGACAAUCUCAAAUGCCUGAAAUGUCUACUGCACGUGCUCCUCCAAGACCUGGUGUUUCACCAACUUCAAGUUCUCACAUGCAAGAUCGCGAAGACCGAUCUCGUUACCACCAUUCCAGGGAGCAAACCCCACUAAGGCCCCCUAUGCUAAGCAAACCACCAUCGUUCCAUGGUCGCCACUCUUAUCCACCAGGGGAUACUCAGUCCGAAAACAACCCGCCUCAAGGAUUUGACCGGCCCUACGGCUGGGCUCAUGACAGUACACCUGGGGCAACUCCACUUCGCCAAGAAUCUGACCAUGGUACUCAAGACAAGCAGCAAGUCAUGCCUAAUUCACCUUUCAUGUUCUCUCCAAUGCAUCCUCAUCAGCAGAACUUCAUGAUGCACGUGAACAUGAACCAGCCUUUGAUGCAAAAUACACCAUUCAACUACCCUGUCCAACAAGAUGGAAAUCCUCAAUAUUUCGGUUCUCCUUUCCAGAUGCAACCACCAGAUGCCGGAUUGGAUCAAGGUCCAGUAUCGGGGCCUGAGGGGCUUCAGCGCCCAUGGGGCAUGGGGUUGAUGGGCAAUCCAUCUCAGGGAGGCGGUGGCAUGGUCUUCAUGCAAGCUGGUUUUGGGAUCAUGCCUGAUAACUCGAUGAAUCCAGGCAUGCAAGGUAGGGAUAUUCAAGGCCAGGCUGAUCGUGGCGACGGAAGGGGUGUUUUGGAACAGUUACCAAUGGCGAUGCAAAUGCAGAUGCCACUUCCUCCCCCUCCCCCUGCACAACCCCCAUCAGCUGGACAGCAAUCUUUCAAUAGAACUUGAUGAGUACGUGCUGUGCUUUGCGAUGUAACUUAUGGCUUCCGCCAAAAUUGCUAUGUAUUUUCGUUGGGAAAAUUGUAACUUCAAUGUAAUCAAUGAGGAUUCGUUGGCUCUUGGUCUUACCUGCAAUUGGUGGAUAAGGAUGGGGCCUGUGUAUUGUGUUGCAAAUGAUCCGUUCUUGUGGUUGCUCGCUUUGCUCUGGCGAUCUGCUGUCGCUGUCGAAUCGAGCAAAAUACUUUUCUAUAGAUGAUUGAGCAAAGUGUACA